AUGUUGCUUGACUGGAGAUACUGGGUCUUUGCGACCCUUUUCAUGCUACAUUGUCUCAUGCUGGCGGACGCGGCCUCACAUGGAGCGAAGGAGUGUCGGAUCCCACGGCUAGUUGAAGCAACAGCAGAGCAGCUUCAAGAGGGUCUUAAGAAAGGGUGCUUCGAUAGUGUCGACUUGGCGUACACUGCUCGAAUCAAUGAGAUUGAUGUGCACUUUGGUACGAUCCUCGAGUUGAACCCCGAUGCGCUGAGUAUAGCGAAACAGCUCGAUCAUGAGAGGAAUCAGGGUCAUAUCCGAGGUCCGCUGCAUGGCCUGCCAGUCUUGCUCAAAGACAUAAUUGGCACGAAAGAUGAUAUGCAAACGGCAGGUAUCAUCCCUUCAUUCGGAUCGGAUUUAAUAUCGCAUUGA